AUGAUUAAUAAUACAAUCAAAUCCCUUUUUCAUUCCUCAAAGACAAUACCUUCAUCUAAUUAAUUUCAUAACAGAUGUGUUUGUGAAAUAUGUAAAUGUGGUAAACAUCAUUGUCCUAUUCAUUCCGAUAAUAUACAUGGUGAUUUUUAGUCUACAUUCCAGUAUAAUUAUUCAUUAAUAUUAGACAUGACUACCAACCAUGGAAAUCUUGUAAAUAGAAACCUUAUAAUUAUGAAAGAUAACCUUAAAAACAUUUUUAUGACCCAUCUACAUUGUUAAGUUCUUAUCAAAGUGAAUUUAUCUAAAGACCGAUUCCUGAAAAAGAAAUUAGAGAAUUACCACAUUUACCAUAAUCAUUACCUUUUACUGAUUAAUCUGAUUAUCAGACAAAUUAUUUAAAGUAAUAUACACAUAAACUAUUCAGAUUUCCAUUGCCUUUGAAAUCCCCAGUUACAAAAAAACUAUAUAAAUCUGCUCCAAGAUAAGUUCCAUGGGACACAACUUAUGGAACCGAUUUUAUUCCAAAACCAAUUGGAGAUAGAGAAUCAUUUAAACCUACUUAAUUAAAUGGUCCAAAUUGUAAACCUGAUUUUGGAUCUUCUACAUACAGAACUUCAUAUGUUCCAAUGCCUACUUGUAAACAAGGGAGAUAUAAAGACCCUCAUUAAAGAAAUUUAUAUGGAAAUCCUGGUCAAAUUGGGGGUUCAACAUAUCAAAUGGAUUAUGUAGAAAAACAAAAUUCUAAUGAAAUGUGUCCAGUAUUUGCUUUACCUAAAAGACCUGCAAAAUUACCUGGUGGUAAAUCCCAUCUAAAUUAUGAUUCUAUUAACAAUAGAUGGAUUUGA